AUGUCUUUAUGGACAAUCAGGCUAUAUCAGUACUUUGCAUUCAAAUCAUUCACCCCGUUUCUCUCAUUCAUGGUUCCGUAUCUUGUUGAGAAGAAAGGAUUCUCAAUUAAUGAAAUGCAUAAUAGCUUCAGUCCGCUGUUUUUCAUCUCAUCGACGGUCGUCUCGCUUGUUUCUUUCCUGAUUAUAGAACUUCUUGGUAACAAGAUGAGUCUGUUUGCUGAUACUAUGCUUGAAAUAAUUGUGUAUCUGAUCCUCAUGUUCAUGCCAUUCAGAAGCACACUUCUUAUUUCAACUGCAUAUGUGCUUCAUGGGGCAACCACAUCGUUUGGUGUUGUUAUGAAGUCCAUCCUCAACUCUACUGCAGACAAGAACGAAGACAAGAAUGUCAUUCUUUCCACAGCCACCAGCAUUAAGACAUUCGUAGGUGUUGUUUCAUCUUGGCUUGGCCAGGACAUCAUAAUGUGUGGAGGAACACACCUUGUGAACAUGUGUGUGUCUCUUUCAGGAUUGCUCCUUGCAUUGAUCACCACAUUGAUUCUUCCUGGUGCAGGUCAUACAGUAGAGAAUGCAAAGUUUGUGGACAGCAUUAAAACACCCGCAGAAAUGUGGAAAAAGAUGAAAAAUGCAUAUUCAAAAGAUGUGAUUGUUGCAUCAACGCUUUCGUCGUCAGCGGGUAUUCUUUACAUAUGCUUGUCCUUCUAUUCAGCAGGGAUCUUUCUUGAGAAAAAAAGUGGUAUUGAAAGCAACAUGAGGAUAAAUAGAAUGAUGUUUUUGAUUGCAAAGCCUGUGCGCCUUCUUUCAUACACGAUAAUUAAGCUAUUUUCGCUUAUGGAUAGUUCUGUUGUUUAUCAUAUGAAUCCAAGCAAGGCAGUGAUAAUCCAUGGAUACAUUGAUGGAUGCUCCAAGAUUUUGUCGUCUCUGAUAGGUCUUCAGGUAACAAGGGUUGUUUCUAAGGGCAUGUGCAUUCCAUUUGGAUUUGUGGCUUCUGCAGUUGCAAUGGCGUUUGCCUUUCUUCUGUGGAUGUCAUCAUCCAUGUCAUACUCGUAUAUGUUCUAUAUUCUUUCGUUCAUCGCAUCUUCCAUAUGCAAAACAAUAGCAAACAUGGGCUUACAGAAUGUGUGCGAUGCAACUCAGUAUAAGUUUAUUCUGAGUUUCAACCUGUUUUUGUCAUCGUUCAUACACAUUUCGAUCACAUUCUAUUCCAAGCAGCAACUCUUGAGCCUGAGAUCCAAGCUUAUGGUUUAUUUCUAUGUAAAUAUAUUUUUUAUUACGAUUGCGCUUGUUUUAUGGAUGCAUUGA